ACGAGUCGCACCGACCUUUCACAAAAUAUUGUCAAGAUGGCAGGAGGAAAGACAGCAAAGCUCUCGCGUGAGGAGGAACUUCUGCUUCAAGAUUUCAGCAGAAAUGUAUCAACAAAAUCAUCGGCUUUGUUCUAUGGAAAUGCUUUAAUCGUUUCUGCCAUCCCUAUGUGGCUGUUCUGGAGGAUACACCAGAUGGAUCUGUAUCAGUCAGGGAUCUUGUUUGCAGCCAUGACUCUUGUCAGUACCUACUUUGUAGCUUUUGCGUACAAAAAUGUCAAGUUUGUUUUAAAGCACAAAGUUGCAUUGAAGAGGGAGGAGGCUGUCUCCCGGGAGCUGAUGAAGAAGUUGGCUGAUGACAAGAAGAUGACCAAGAAGGAGAAGGAUGAGAGAAUCCUCUGGAAGAAAAAUGAAGUUGCUGACUACGAAGCCACAACUUUUUCCAUUUUCUACAACAACGCCCUCUACCUCGUGUUGCUGAUAGUGGUGUCAUUCUACGCCCUGAAAAACUUCAACCCAAAUCUGAAUUACGUGGUUUCCGUUGGCGCCUCAGCUGGUCUGCUAGCACUGUUUUCUACCAGCUCCAAGUAAAAGGUCACAGACAGCGAUUUCAUCAUGAUGCUCUAGAAACAGAAAUUUAUCAAAUGUCAUACACAUGGUUUCAAGUGAAAAAUAAAACAUUUUAUUCAUUUAUUUACAAA